AUGGCGAGUCUGCCCCUUUUACCGGGCUACACUUUUCGGGAUGUUAGCGGAAUAUACUUGAACUUUUCAUCGUUUCAUAAGGUCAAGGAUUAUAAAUUGCCGCACAAGCUCGACGUUUUCAAUGGCUUUCCUGUAGUGCGCGACGCCAAUUACGGUAUCGGCAGGAGACCGACGGACGCAGCGUCCGUUCGAUACGCCGAAGCUCCGGAUUCUGUGGAGUACGAUUCAUCGUUGACUUACGGCCGGGUGCCUCGUUACGCGUAUCGGCAAUUCCUGCCGCAUUACGCGUUGUUCGCGCAAAAGUCCCUUCGCUUUAAGGCAUUCUUUCGUCAAAAAGUGUUCAACUCCCCGGACGAGCACUAUCGCGUCCGCCACGUGAACAUCGUCUACUAUUUAGAGGACGAUACUAUCUGCGUGAUCGAGCCCGUGGUGGAAAACGCCGGUCUCCAGCAGGGCAAGCUGGUGAAGCGUGACAGAAUCCCGAAGAACGCCAAGGGUGACCUGUUCAUCUGGAAGGACUUGAACGUCGGAAUCGAUGUGUGCAUUUACGGCGUGGUUUAUCGCAUCGUCGACUGCGAUCCGUUCACCCGGGAGUUCCUCACGAGCCAAGGUAUCGACGUCGGUGAGAGCGAGAGCCUGCCGGCGGAUUCUUACGCGUUGCAGCGCGACGACAAGCGCAGGAUGCGAGCGGUCGCGCGAUCGACGGCGGACGACGCCCGACGGCGCUUCCUGGAGUACGACGGCAUGGUGCUGUCGUUCGACGCUACGUGGAACGGCGAUCGCUAUCGGCUGAUGUACUUUCUCACGGACGAUACCGUGGCGAUCCGCGAGAUCCACGCGCCCAACGACGGCAAGGAUCCCGUGGUGAUGCUGCUCCGGCGGAUGCGCGUGCCCAAGGACUGGCAGAGUCUCCCGUCCUGGCAUCCGAGCAUCUACAUGGAAUACGGCGAUCCCGAAAUCGUCGAGUAUUACACGCCGCGAGAUUUCAAGGUGGGCGAAACGAUCCUCGUAUUCGGCCGACGCUUUCUCCUGCACGACUGCGACUCUUUCACGCGCAAGUACUACUCCGAUAUGCUGGGAACACCGCAAUCACCGGCGAUUCCGCUUCCCUCGCGGACGGAGAGACCGACGCCGUCGACGAAAUACGCGACGCAGCCGCCGCCGCCGCCGCACAUAAAAUUCGGCAGCCCCGAGGACACGUACGCCAGCUGUCUCUCGUUUCUGCCGAAGCCGCCGAAGAAGAACGUCAUUCGUCAGCUGGUGAACUUCCCGAAGAAGCUGCGCUACUCGGCGCGAAUGGACGCGGCGCAUCCGGAGGACGAGGACCGCGAGUUCGUGCUGGAGUACAGGCUGAGCGACGGCGCCAUGCAGAUCAACGAAAUCGAGAAGCGCAAUUCCGGGCGGCGCGAGGGCUGCUUCCUGUCCGCGAGGCUGAUCCCGAAGCCGUGCAGCGCGGAUAAGGACGAUCCGGAGUACUACACGCCGCAGGACAUCUUCAUCGGCGCGCGCGUCAACGCGUUCAAUCAUCGCUUCGUCGUCACCGGCGCCGAUCUGUUCGUGUACCGCUACGUCGAAGCGAACGCCGACAAGUUUUGCGAAGAGGUGCGCGCGAAUCUGCGCAAUUAUUUUCUGCAGCAGGGCGUGCUGCAGGACGACGUUGACGUCGAAGCUGGAAAGAUACAAGAGGCGAGGGAUGAACGGAUGCUCUUGGCAGAUGACGCGGAAAUCAACGACGUUGACGCGAGAAAAUGUGCUGAGGAAGAAUUAACGGCUUAGUUAAUCGAUCGAAUCGGCAUUAAUCGGCAUUAAAUCGCUUUCCUAAAUCGAUUCGACCUGCGUCGUCCGCUGAUAAAUUUCGCUGAGCAACUUCUAGUUUCUCAUCGAGAUGCCUUAUGCAGAGCAAUUCUGAAUAAUAUUGACAAACCUCGCCGGUGAAUCCUUGACAGAAUUACGGAAUCAAUUUCUCUUAAUCGAAAACGUCAAACUGUCAACGAUUUUUAAGUCGCUUGCGAUUGUAGAAAAGUCAAAAUAAUCAGUCAGAGAAAUUGUCAGAGAAAUACAAAAACUUAUUUUUUAUACGCGCUUUAAGAAAAUUUCAAGCAAGGAUCUCACAAUCUUGAAACGUCACAAAAGAUUGGCAUUUUAACUUGACAGAGAAAUCCACUCUUUAUCAACUGAGCAAAGGAUUCGCGCGCAAAGUUCAUUUAUAUUAUUCCUUAUUAUCGGUCUGCAUAACGGUUGCCGCCGUUGCCAAGGAUGUAUCAUACAGUGAAAGAAGCAGAGAACGGAGAUGCAUUUAACAAUAAGAAUCAUAUCUCAUGAAAUGUCAUCAAAUGGUACAAUAAUAAUAAUAAUCGUCGUCAUCGUGUACAUUACAGUAGAUUAAUUGCAGUAUUAUUUUUCACUUCUCGCUAUAUUACUCUCAAUUCAUUUCUCUCUCUCUCUGCAAGUCCAUGAAUAAUAUAAUAAUAAUAGGUGAUAUAUUUUUUUUUUCGCAAUACAGAUAUAGAUUACGCGCUAAAAUAAACGCCAAUAUAAUUUUUUUUUUUAUAAUUCAUUUCGUGAAGCAUGAUGGGUUAUAAA